CAGUAAUAGGCCUCCUUCUCCCCACUCCUCGAUCCACAGACAUGGCGUCCGGCUUCGGCUUCGGCGGCGGCCGCUCGCGUUGCUUUACGUUCUGGCAGGAGUUCCAGAAGUGCUACGCGAACGCAGACACGACGUCGGAGUGCAUUGCGCAAAAGGAAGACUACAUGGAGUGCCUGCACCACACCAAGGAGAUUGAGCGCAUGAGGACGAUCAAGGAGCACUACCUCGCACGGCAGGCGCACGAGGCCCGUGAAGCCCGCGAAAAGGGGGAGCUGCGUGCUACGAGCGGCGUGCUCCGGCUUGGCAUCAUUGGCAAGGAGGGCGGCGAAUCAGGGGCCGGAGGAAGCAGUGGUGGCAGCAGCAGCAGCAGCAGCAGCAAUGGGGGCAGCGAUUCAGAGAGCAGCAAGAGCAAGGAGGAGUAAGGUUUUCUCGCAAUACUAGUCUCAAUUUCACGUCGUCUGCAUGGUGCGAGAG